AUGUCCAACAUCCGUUGUCUCACAUUGCCGUGCAAGCUCAGUUCAAACACAGAAAUCGAAACCGAGACAAAUUAUCUUCUCACCGGUGGUGGUCGUGGUCAAGUUUGCUUGUGGAGUUUGGGUCUAGACAGCGGUCAAACAACCGCUGUCGCGGAUCCAGCUGUGUGGCGUCCUGGUUGGCUUGGAUUCACGCGGCUUCGGCACACGGAAACCGAUGGUCUGAGUUCUUUGGCUGGUCACAUAUCUCGCUCAGCCACAACACGACAUGCCGAUCCGAGAGCAACAGAUUUGCGUGUCAUGGCUUUGGUGUGUCUACGCCGAGUGGAUUGUCCUCACACGAAUUGGUUACUGGGUAUGGCGGCCUGUUCGGACGGUUCGAUACGGUAG